UCCUGAUCCCCUAUUUUUUUUUGAACGCACCUAUAGUAUUUUCGUAUCGUAAUGUUUACAAAAAUGCCUUCCCAAGCGGCUCAUUCGUCUCUUGCGUCCAACAACUCUCAUAAUACACAAGAAAGUAUAUAUCGAUCGCCACAAAUGAGGAAGGAAGUGUUAAGGAAUAAAUAUAUCAAUGCCCAAGCCCUUCAAACCAACGUCAACACCAGAACCCUAGAAAACUUGGAAGAGAUUGUCAAUGAAGUUGACACAAUCAGUCAAGAAGGAAGUUUGGAGGAAAAAAUUAAAGAUCAAGGAGAAGUUCUUUUGGACUCCGAAAUUAUGACCAUUUCAUCAAAUGUUUUAAAAAAGUGCACCUACUCGCUGUCCAAAAAUAUAAGUAGUUAUGAUCCUGUUGAAUUUGCAGAUAAUAUGAAAGGUUACUUGUGCAGGUUACCCGACUCUGUGUCUACAGACUCAGAUCUACCUGAUUGGUCUCUCUUAGGAAAAACAGUAAUGAAGUACUUUAACAGAACGCCUAAAUUGUCUAUAGUCUUGGGUACUCUAAGGCCCAUCCCAAAAAAAGAUAUAGUCCGACGGAAGGUUACCAGAGAAGCUCAAGCUCCAACUAAAAGACCAGAAAAUGUCAUUGCAUUGGAAAAAGUUGAGGAUAGUGUUGAACAAAUUGUUCAUGAAAUAUUUCUAAUAAUUCGAAAUUACCAAAAAAAUUAUAAGAAGCCUUUGGACUUUUUCACUCUAGUUCUUCAUCCAACUAGUUUCGGCAAAACCGUUGAAAAUAUAUUGCAUGUUUCCUUUUUAGUUCGUGAUGGUCUUGUUAAAUUUUCUACAGAUGAAGAUGGAAUCCCUCAAAUUCAGAAAUCAAACAAAGAUGAAGCGUCAGUGGCAAAAAGUAAUAAAAAUACAAAUAACAUUCAAAAUGUCAUGUCUUUAACUAUGAAACAGUGGAAAGCUUUAGUUGAAGCUUAUCAGAUAGACAAGCCAAUGAUUGACAUCAAAAUCAGAAAUGAAAUCAGUAAAUGAUUGGUUGAGCGCAUGAAGACUCCUAUCAAUUUUUAAUUUAAUCAUUGUUAUCAUCGAUUUUUUAACUUGAUAGUUUUAUAAGACUGCGAACUCGGAACUUGUAA